AUGGAGCCGGACGACACCUACCCCAACCCAUCCCCCGAGACCAUCUCGUCUCCGCGCCCCUCCUCCAGCUCAACCCACAUCGCCGUAGACAUGCACGGGACCCCGGAAGAGGAGCUCUACGCUACGGCCGAAGCCAUGCGGGAGUCGAUGCUAAGACUCACCGGGAGCCUCAGCAGAGCAACCGGCAAGGCCACCACCGGCACCGACGACUCCCUCCCCCCCUUUGCAUCCACCUCCGGCGGCGAGCACCACGACCAACAACAACAAGACGACGACAACGACGACGACCUCAACCCCCUAGCCGGCCCAGCCGAAGCCGCCGCCGCCGACGACGACGAGGACCAGCAGCAGCAAGCCGACCUGCACAACCUGGACCUCACCACCGCCUUCGCCUUCGACCGCGACAUGUCGCGCUACCCGGCGUCCAUGACCAGCUCGGUGCGCGACCACGUCUACGAGGGCGGCCUGCGCUACCACGCCUACCGCGCCGGCCGCUACGCCUUUCCCAACGACGAGACCGAGCAGAACAGGGAUGAUAUGAAGCAUACCAUGACGCUGAUGUUGUGUCGGGGCGCGUACUUUUAUGCGCCGGUGGAGAAGGUGUUGGAGGAAGGGGGGGGAGGCACGGGAACCGGAAUCUGGGCCAUGGAGCUCGGCGACAAAUACCCCAACUCCACCAUAACCGGUAUCGACCUCUCGCCCAUCCAGCCCAAUUACGUCCCUAAAAACGUUCACUUCUUCGUCGACGACUUCGAGGAAGAAUGGCUCGACCCCGAAAACAAAUACGACUUCAUCCACAUCCGCCACACCCUGCACUCGGUUCAAGACGUGGAGCUGCUCUUGCAGCGAGUAUUAAAACACCUCAAACCCGGCGGCUAUUUCGAAGCGCAAGAACUAGCCACGGACCCGGUCGCCGACGACGACACGCUCACCCCCGAGACGCCCUACGCCCUGCGCGACUACAUCCACUACCUAGCCGCCGGCAUGGCAGUGAUGGGGUCGCAGGCGCACGCGAUCCUGACGCUGCCCGAGCGGAUGCGGGCGGCGGGCUUCGCCGACGUGCGCAGGACGACGCACAAGUGCCCCGUCGGCGUGUGGCCGCGCGACAAGCGCAUGCGGUUUUGUGGGUUGUUCUUGAGGACGACGCUGAUGGAUGGGUUGAGGGGGUUGAGUCGGCGGCCGUUGACGGCGCUGGGGUGGACGCCGGUGCAGAUUGAGAUCUUUUUGGUGGAGGUGAGGCGGGCGUUGAUGGAGCAGGGCGUGCAUUCGUAUUUUACGCUGAAUGUGGUCAGGGGGAGGAAGCCGGUCGAUUGA